AUGCCCAGAAUUAACUUUUCUCAGAAAAAUUUGUUUGAAUACUAUCCAUGGUAUCUGUGUCUGUUUGGGAUCUUUGUAUUCCAAGCUCCGGUGAAAUGCACGGCGGAUGAAGCCGCCGGGAAGACGCCGGUUUCCGCCGUCUUUAUAUUCGGAGACUCCACCGUUGACCCAGGAAACAAUAACUACAUAACCACUCCUUUUAAGAGCAACUUCUUGCCUUAUGGUAAAGAUUUCCUUAACCAUAUUCCCACCGGCCGGUUUUCUAAUGGCUUGCUCACUACCGACUUCAUCGCUAAGUAUGUCGGGGUUAAAGACGCUGUGCCGCCAUAUCUGGAUUCAAGUCUGAGCACUGAAGAGCUCAAGACUGGGGUUAGCUUUGCGUCUGCCGGCACCGGCUUUGAUCCGCUCACUCCAAAAAUUAGUAAUGUUAUAUCACUGCAAAACCAGCUGGAGAACUUCAAAGAGUACAAAGCAAAAAUGGAGGAAAAGAUAGGGAAGGGAGAGACAGAAGGUAUAGUAAAGAAUGCAUUGUUCCUCGUCAGCGCCGGAACAAAUGACUUCGUGGUUAACUAUAACACGUUGCCGAUCCGACGUAGAACCUACACUCUCCCAGAGUAUAUCCACUUUGUCCAGCAACACCUCCAAGAAUUCCUUCAGGGGUUGUGGGAUGAGGGUGGGAGAAGAAUCGGAGUGGUUGGGCUACCGCCCAUGGGUUGUUUGCCGGUUGUCAUCACCCUUCACUCCAACAACGCGUUUACGGAACGCGGUUGCAUCGAUCUGUUUUCCGCCACCGCUCGCGACUACAACUCACAACUGCAAGGCCUGCUCGGCGCCAUGCAGCUUAAACUGGCCGCCCAAGGUGCGAGGAUUGCUUACCAAGAUAUAUAUGGGCCGCUCAUGGACAUGAUGACUCAAGGCAACAAGUAUGGUUUUGAAGAGUUUAGCAGUGGGUGUUGCGGAACAGGCAUGCUAGAGGCUUCAUUUAUGUGCAAUCCCAAGUCUUACGUCUGCCGAGACCCUUCUAAAUAUGUCUUCUGGGACGCCAUUCAUCCAACGGAGAAGACAGGUUACCUCUUAUCCCAAGCACUUCGGCCAACCAUUGAUUCUAUCAUCUCCAACUAAAAUGUUCAUCAUUUCAUCAUUCAUCAUAUCAUGUUUUCAAACGACUAGCUACAUACAAGUACCAUAUAUAUGCACUCAAUUCUAUGUAACAAAUAGCUAAUGGAAACUUUUAUUUCAUUUUCACAC